GUGGCUGUGGUUCAGUCUGGGCGCGGCGGUUGGGGAAGAGGCUACUCUUAGGCUCUGGGCAGCUUGGCCAGCGGCUGGGAUCUGGAGAUCCGAUCGGGAUCGGGAUCAGGAUGGCGGAGCGGGACGGGCGGAGGCAUCUUCUCUUUUUUUUCACGGUGGCGACCCUAUAUUGUUCAGCAUUGGGCGGUGUCACAGUCUAUACUUCUCAACAGCAAGUUAAAGUAGACGAGAAUCAACCUGCCACACUGUCCUGUUCCUACGCGGGUUUCUCCUCACCCCGAGUGGAGUGGAAGUUUGUUCAGGGAAGCACAACCAGCCUGGUUUGCUAUGACAGCAAGAUCACUGCUUCCUACCAAGGCCGGGUCGUGUUCUCCCAGACUGGUAUUUCUUUCCAUUCUGUGACCCGAAAGGACUCGGGAUUGUAUACGUGUAUGGUCACUGAAAAUGGUGGAACAGAAUAUGGAGAGAUCACCGUGGAGCUCCUUGUGUUAGUGUCCCCAUCAAAGCCCACAGUCAGCAUUCCAUCUUCAGCCACCAUUGGGAGUCGCGUUGUGCUGACCUGCUCUGAGGAGGAUGGUUCUCCGCCUUCUGAGUACCAGUGGUUCAAGGAUGGUAUUCUGAUGCCUUUGGAUCCCAAGAACAGCCGUGCCUUCAUCAAUUCUUCCUAUACCAUCGACUCCAAGACAGGGGAGCUGGUGUUUGACACCCUGUCAGCUUUCGAUACAGGGGACUAUUCCUGCCAAGCAUACAAUGGGGUUGGGAGUGCCAAGACCUCAGAGGUUGUACAAAUGAAAGCUGUGGAACUGAAUGUAGGGGGCAUUGUGGCAGCUGUUAUUGUGACGCUGAUCCUCCUUGGGCUCCUGAUUUUUGGCAUCUGGUUUGCCUACUCUCGAGGCUAUUUCAACAGAACAAGUAAAGGGAGCACCAGUAAGAAAGUAAUCUACAGCCAGCCUUCUGCCCGCAGUGACGGAGAAUUCCGACAGACGUCAUCAUUUUUGGUGUGACCCCAACCUAUCUCUUCUCCUGUCUUCUGAGUUUGUCCUUUUUGGAUUCUGCUGGACUCUGACUUCCUGACAUUUAUAAAUUUCACAGGAUACCUUAUUUAUUUUCUUAGUCCAUCUCCUCCUAGGAUUUUUUUUAAACGAUGGCCUCCAGCCAGGGCUUCUGUGUGUGUUUAUGGAUGAAGUGGAGCAAUAAUACCCUGUCCUGCCUUCCCUUCUCCCAUCACUGAUGGGCUUGCCUGGACCAUAUUUAAGGUUUCUAAUCCCCAUCUCUUCUUAAGAAUCAGGUAGAUUGAUGCCUGUUCCCCAUCACUAACUCUUUACCAGCAGACAUGGCCAAGCUCCCAAGAGUGAAUACCUUCCUUUAUAUGUUCUGAACUUAACCCCCACUUGGGGUCUUAGGACAUUUGGACUCCCCCAGGAAUGGGGAGAAGCUGGGGCCUGAGGCCAGAACGUUGCUUCUCAAAUAGGCUCAAGAGAUUGGAGCUGUGGACUCUGAAUGGUCGAUUGGGAGCGAAACGUCUCUGGUUUUCUGGGCUCUCCUCUCAGUUCCUUCUGUGACAGAUGCUUCUAGAGGAUCCUCUAGCAUCUUCUGGGCUUUGGAGCACUUGGCA